CACACACACACACACACACACACACGCUGCUGCAGACAGCUCUGCCGGCUACACCAGCGUCUGCCUGCCACCGUUAGCUCCCAGCAUCCUCGCUGCUGCAUGCAACAAAAAAACAGCUGACAGUUGUAGCCUUUCUCUCUGUUUUUCGAGCUGCAGUUUACGAAAGAGAAGAAGAAGAAGUGUAGAAAGCCGGCUGCCUCUUGGGUCUCCUGCUUCUCCCUCACGCUCCCCACCUCCCUCCCUCCACCCUCUCUCUAUCUCUCUCGUGCUCACACACAUCCCCAUCACAUCCACACCCACACCCAAGGAUACCCUGCCUGCCUCUGCCUCUCUCACGCCAGCAGCCCUUUUUCCUCUUCCCCUUCAACUACAUUUUUUUAAAUUAUUUCCUCCGGGGAGGUGAUGCUCAUCUGACCCCCCCUUUCCCCCUCCACCUCCACCUUUUCUUCCCAAUCCAAGACUUUUGUGGAUGCUCUCCUCUUUAAUCCGUCCCUGCUCUGCUACUUUGUCGCUACCUGUGGAGGUUUUCCCGGUUUUCUCUCCUGCCAGCCGUCGCUCAGAGUGCAGCCCCGCAGAGAGGCACCAUGCUGGGAUUGGACGUGUGUGAGUUUGGGGGUCAGGUGCUGGAGCUGCUGUGGUUAACUAUGUGCUACAGAGGUCUCAUGGCUGACAAGAAGGAUUUGUACAUUGAGGAGGAGGAGGACGACAGAAACCUAAACUACGUCGCUCCGGUCCAGAAGACUUUGGAUGAGAUUCAGCAACUGGACAAAGAUGACGAGAGUCUGGUCAAGUACAAGCAGACCCUGCUGGGGAUGACACCAAUGCUGGCAGACCCCAACGUGCCGAACAUCCAGGUGACCAGAUUGACCCUGCUGUGUGACACAGCUCCUGAACCAAUCACCAUGGACCUGACAGGAGACCUGAGCGCUCUGAAGGAGAAGACCUUCACCCUAAAGGAAGGAGUGACAUACAGACUAAAGAUAUACUUCAAGGUGAACAGAGAAAUCGUUGCUGGCUUGCGGUACCAUCAUGUGACCACCAGAAAAGGAAUUACAGUGGACAAGGUGACGUACAUGGUGGGAAGUUACGGCCCCAAGGCAGAGGUGAUCGAGUUUCUAUGCCCGGUGGAGGAGGCACCCAAAGGCAUGAUGUCACGCGGCCACUAUCAGGUCACAUCCCGCCUCAUCGACGACGACAGGAACGUCUGCUUGAGCUGGGAGUGGAACUUCGACAUCACCAAGGACUGGAAUGAAUAGAGGGAGAGAGCGUGUGAGAGAUGAUCUCUUCCCUUCUUUCACUCCUGUUCUCCACCUCCCUCUUUUCCUUUCCCUUUCACCCUCCUCCAUCUCGUCCUGUGGGAGCAGCCUCGUGACGGCCUGAGUCAGGAGGCUCUACUCCUCCUCCUCUUCCUCCUUUUUCUCUUCUUGUCUGUUUAAUGCAGGUGUCCUGAUGGGGCUCCCCCGUCUCUCUGCCUUCUGUCCCUGCAUUUAUAGCCUUCUUCAAGAUUCUUCUACAUCUAUAACCCGUCCAUGCAGAGGCGUCCACACGACGGAGCUUUCUGGAUGACCAGUCUACCUUUCCUUUUUCUUUCAGUUUCCUUUCUCCCACCCUGCCUUCAUGUAUCAGCAAAAACAGGCGAUAAAAGGAAGUCAGUUUGUGGCACAAAGGGAAAUAUGAUAUACACAUACAAUGCAUAAUAACAAAAAUCCAAUAGCUGUCGAACAGACGUCCCCAAAGAGUUGAAAUAUGUGAAUGCUCAGUAGGAACUGUGGAUAUACACGUCAGAACAUCAGAGAGUAACACUGAAAACACACCAAGCAGUGAGGAAGUGCGGCUCAUUUUUCUGUGGCCAGGAGGCGUGUUCAUGUGUUUCAGGCAGGAACAAAUCCUUUGUAGCAUACAUCAACAUGUCACAGCAGUCACAGGACUCUGUGUACAGGUGCAGGGAUUGCUGCAAAGUCUGCCCAGCUUUUAGUCCGGCAGCACUUUCCCACAGAAUCACACGGCCGCUGCAGCUUUCCAUAGACAUCGCAUGGCACUUCGUCACUGCUUGGUGUGUUGUCAGUGUAAAGGAGGCCGCAGAGGGAGCGACAUGAUAUGAAAAAUACUGUGUGAGAUGCGGCAGAGGCUGUAGCAACUCAUGGAGGCCUUAAAACUCUGAGGGCACAAACAUGGUCCAUGUAAGUAGGCAAAUACAGAUACUUAGAGCUACCCAGCAUUGAUGUGAGUCCAGUCAAAAAGCUUAGUGCUGAGUGUUGCAUCAAUAUAAUCAUGAGAGACUUGUUUUUAUGGUAAAAAGAAAAUCUAUGAACAUGUGCACAUAAGAUUUAAAAAUGUGAAAAUUCCCUAUCGACCCCAAAGACCCCAUUGAGAUGGUAUGAUUUAAGGAGGAUGAUGAAUCCAUAGCUGAAUAGGGGGUCUAGACGCUGGUGGUGGUAGAGGUUGUGAAGAUGAGAUGAGAAGAUGGAGAAGUGCUGAUGAUCUGGAUGAGUAGAGGAAUGAGCCUUUGUUCAGCUCGUCCUGGACUCUGGAUACGAUGGCGGGAGGUGGACGGGGUGGAGGAGGGCGCCACAGUUCUGCCUAAAAUGACGGCUGACAGCAGCAGAGGAGAGCGCAGGUUUAAAAUUUUGCAGUGGCAUCCUGAUUGGCUGAGAGAGAACUGGGCGGAGUUUGAUUGGAUAACUAGAAGAGUGAACACCCAUAGUCAGCUGACUAGAGGAAGCAGUGGGAGGGAGAGGGAGAGAACUGUGAAUGGAUGAGUCUUCCUGAUUGAACUUACGCACAGGGGCGCUAUAGCAUGAAAUAACAAGAGGAAGCUGAAACAGCCACCACCUCUAGCUGAACAUGAAGUCUCUUUAGACAGGGAAGCACCUUCCUCCACAGACGCCAUGUUUGUUGUUGCUAUUAGCUCCAUGUUGGCCCCACAAGGACGGACAUUUGUAUAUCCACCAGUGGGUAAGAGCGCACAUUGAGGGAUGCACCAAAUGCUGUCAUUUGAGUUCUCAUAUACUUGCAUGGACCAUGUUUGUACUCUUAGCGUCAAAAUGCACACUCCUCUCAGUCAUAACUCAGUCACAUCUGGACACACAGAAAUAAUCCGUAUUUUUUUUAGAUCCAGUGUGACUACAGGAUCCCCAGGGUAUCAUUAUCUCUGAUGUCCAUUGCUAAAAAAUCUACUUUUAAAAUAUCAUAGGAAAAUGUUAAUUUCAACUCAAGAUCUUUCCUGAAAAAUCAUCAUGCUUUUAAUUUUACUUCAGUAUCAAAGUGAUCUAGUGAUAUUUGUCCGUACAUCUGUGGGUACACUUCAAACAGGUAGUGCUCAGAACUAAUUUGCCGUAUUUUUAUGGUGCCAAAAAAGGGCGUCAAACCCACCCCAUAACUCCCUGAUCUCAUGGUGACAUUAUACUUCCUGUUUACAAGGCAUUAUGAAGACUGUAGUUCCAAAACUUAAAACAUAACUAUCCCCCAAAUAGAGGUACGACAAAAAAUAAAAAUAGGAGUGACAUAAUCUGGUCUGUUUUGUCUGUUUUUGUAAUUACAAACUUGCAGGAAGUAACAUCAUCAAUUAUACAGGAAGUAAAAAUAGAUGUUUUAGAAACCUCUAGCAAGAUUACCCUCUAAAUAUCCCAGUAUUGUUGUUUUAAAUCGUUAAUAAACUGGGGUGAAACGAUGAAUCACCUGCUCUCACAAUGUGCACAACCUGCAUUUUUGACCUGUGUUUUCUCAAACUCAGACAUGGUGUAUUUUAACAUCGCAGUUUUCUUUCCAAACACCAGUUUUCUCGAGUCUUUGUGGAGCGUUUCAUAACAGCAGACCAAUUAAAGACUGUAACUGAACUGUGCAUAAUGUAGAAAGAGAUGCAUGUAUGUACCGUAGGAUUUGAUACUACUCAUCCAGUGAAAAUGAAAAGUUUCCCUUUCUAAACCUCUCUCAUAUUCCAAGGACACAAGGUGUGAAUACGAUCUGCUCAAUGAAACAUUUUAAGAUGGUAGCUGAACGAUGGAGUGCUGUCUGAGAAGUAUAUCAAGGGAUGAAUCGAUUCCCUUUAAGAAAAAAAAAAAGAAAUAUUAUUGUGUUGAGUCUUUGGAUAUGAUAGUGUCAUUGUUGCUGAACAUAUUGAACAUUGAAACUCCAUUUGAACUCGUCGUGAUCUAAGACUAACUGUAAAUGUUGGCUUGUUGGGUGUUGCAUGGUUUAGCAAGAUUCUCUCUUCCUUUUUUACGACUUUAUUGUAAAAUUUAAUGUGAUUAAAAAAAAAAAAAAGAUACUGACGCAAUAUCCAGAUGUCAAUGAUUGCCAUAUUCUGCAGAUACAGUUAUUUACAGGGAUAUUUUUAAAGGCACAGACCAGCUGGAAACGGCUGUCUGUGUUUAAUGCCCCAGCCUGUACCGACCAAGUGCUGCAUCCUCAAAUAUUGGUGUCAAAUCUAAUAUCCUGUAUCUUUUAAUAAAGGCAAUUCAAACAGCAAA